GGCCGGGACGUCUGUUCCCCAUGCCCCCCCCCCUUGAUGGCGGCCCUGAGAGUGGUUGCCGUGCCAGGGCUACACAGAAAGCAACAGCAGGCCAUUCCAGAGUGACCAUUGCGUUCAUAACCAGCUUCCUAGGGAUUGAUUGGGCUCAAGUCUGUUCAGCCUGUUCUUACCAACAUGAAUGAAGUGAUGGUGAUUAAAGAAGGUUGGCUUCAGAAAAGAGGGGAGUAUAUCAAAACAUGGAGACCACGAUAUUUCCUUCUAAAAAGUGAUGGUUCAUUUAUUGGCUAUAAGGAAAAGCCAGAGUCCACAGAGCACAGUUCGAUUCCGCCCCUCAAUAACUUCUCAGUUGCAGAAUGUCAGCUAAUGAAGACAGAGCGUCCUAGGCCCAACACAUUUGUAAUUCGCUGCCUACAAUGGACUACAGUUAUUGAACGGACUUUUCAUGUUGACACACCAGAGGAAAGGGAAGAAUGGAUUAUUGCCAUCCAGACAGUGGCCAAUGGCCUGAAGAACCAGGUGGCCGAAGAUGAGGAGGAGGAAGCCAUGGAAGUUAAGUAUGGCUCCCCCAGUGAUGUCUCAAGCGCAGAGCAGAUGGAUGUUGCAAUGUCCAAAGGGCGCCCCAAAGUGACCAUGAAUGAUUUUGACUACCUCAAAUUGCUGGGAAAAGGGACCUUUGGAAAGGUUAUUCUUGUCCGAGAGAAAUCUAGUGGACGUUACUACGCUAUGAAGAUCCUUCGAAAAGAGGUCAUAAUCGCUAAGGAUGAAGUUGCUCAUACACUUACAGAAAGCAGAGUUUUGCAGAACACAAAACACCCCUUUUUGACGGCAUUAAAGUAUGCAUUUCAGACCAGUGACAGACUCUGCUUUGUUAUGGAAUAUGCUAAUGGUGGAGAGCUUUUUUUCCACCUUUCACGAGAACGAGUUUUUACCGAGGACAGAGCACGCUUUUAUGGAGCAGAGAUUGUGUCUGCUUUAGAAUAUCUACAUUCUCGAAAUGUGGUAUACAGAGACAUCAAGCUGGAGAAUCUCAUGCUGGAUAAGGAUGGUCAUGUCAAAAUUACAGAUUUUGGUUUGUGUAAGGAAGGCAUCACAGAUGGAGCUACCAUGAGGACUUUCUGUGGCACACCAGAGUACCUUGCCCCUGAGGUGCUUGAAGAUAAUGACUAUGGCCGAGCUGUGGACUGGUGGGGUCUUGGAGUUGUGAUGUAUGAAAUGAUGUGUGGCCGAUUGCCCUUUUAUAACCAAGACCAUGAGAGGUUAUUUGAACUUAUCCUUAUGGAGGAGAUCCGCUUUCCCCGUACAUUAAGCCCAGAGGCCAAGUCUCUGCUUGCUGGGCUCUUGAAAAAGGAUCCUAAGCAAAGAUUAGGUGGGGGCCCAAAUGAUGCCCAGGAGGUCAUGUCACAUCGAUUCUUUGCUUCUAUCAAUUGGCAAGAUGUAACAGAAAGAAAGCUUACUCCUCCUUUCAAGCCACAAGUCACAUCAGAGAUUGACACAAGAUAUUUUGAUGAUGAAUUUACAGCUCAGUCUAUAACUUUGACGCCUCCUGACAGAUAUGAUAACCUCGAUGCCUUAGAGUCAGAUCAGCGCCCUCACUUUCCUCAAUUCUCAUAUUCUGCAAGCAUACGGGAAUAAAGUUAUUCAAUACAGUGACAGCUGGGAAGGCAAACUAAAAAGACUUUUGCAUUCUACUGGAAGAGGAAAUCAUUUUGCUCCCUUCAUGGAAUACAGAGAUUUUUGUAUAGCCUCCCACAUUAUUACAUAAGAGACUGCAAAUUAGCAGAGGAAGGAAAACAAAUCCAGCACAACUUUACCUAAUGGACAAAAUAUCAUAUUGAAGCCACAAAGAAAUGGAUUGGUUCAUGCAUUUUAAACUGAGUUGCCUUUUACUGCUGGAACAGUGGCAGGAUUAUAAGCCAUAUAGUGAGAGGGAGCAAAUUUCAGGGUAGCGAUUCAUCCCAGAAUGCUUUGCAACCUCCACAACAAGGCUAGGAUCUCUCAUGCCAGAGAUGCCUGGUGACUGUAACGGUACAAUACUUUUAGUUUGAGAUUAUUCAGCAAGAAAAUUGCCACCCAUUCAGUGAUUUAAUGUAGGAGAUGUUUAUAAGCUUCUGGGAUAUAAUGUUGGCAUCCCAAUCAGUUUGGUACAACCAAGAAACACAAAACUGUAAUUUUGUGUUCCUUCAUGCGUUUUAUCAUCCUACUGAUUUAAAUGAAAGCAGCCUUAACAGAACAACAAUGGCAAACUAAAGAUUUUACUCUUCUAUCCUCGGUAAGAAACUUGCACCAGAAACACUUUCUCUUUUUAUAGAAGUGGCUUGACUUAAAAAGCUGAAUGUAAACACAUCAUCCUCUCUUAUUUAAUAUUUCAUGUCCCCUAUUAGAAACUGAUCCCUCGCGUGAAACAAAUCGCAAAUGUAACUUUUUCAGAUUUGAAUCCUUCUUUCCUCUAAACCUCCAGGCUCAAACUGCUUUGCCCAGAUGGACUUUAAUUUCAGCCUGCCAUAGCCGAUGCAAGCCCAGUGGCUGUUAGGAAGGAUCUCUUUUGGCUGGCUGGCGUGUACCACAAACGUAAUUAACCAUGCCCCACAGCUCGUCUUCUUUGUAUUUUCUGUUUGUUGGCACAUCCUGCUGGGAAAGGGAGGGUACUGUGUUUUUUCUCUGUUUUCUGAAAAUGGCUGUUUUACAUUUACAAUUUGAUUUUAAACCUAGGCUUCAGUAUACUAAUACCAGUAGAGUUCAGAGCAGCAAUCUAUUAAGCAAUAAUGCAUUUCUCGUUUCCGAGAUGAUCGGAAGGUCUAUCCUUUCUGCUUGCUGGAGUCCUGUUUUUAAACGAGCAGUUUCAAAUAGCUGUUUCAGUUCAAAGGUCAUCUCUUUUUUUUUUUGUUUUUUUUUUUUUUUAUUACAUGUAGUCACUUUCCAAAAUAAUGGUUAUUUAAUUUCACCACAAUUUUUUUUUGUCCCCUUGUGAUCACAAUUUUGAUAUCAUUUAUGACUGUCAAAUAUGCUUUUUACAUUGGACAGAGAACCAGAAGUAAUUUUCCUUGAAACCUCUGUUAAAAUCCCAUGUUCAAUGCCGAAUUGUAACACGUGUGCCUACAAAGGCUGGUAAGCCGAAUGUUACCAAAAGGCGUCAGCAUAAGAUUGUGCAAAUAUUUGUUUACCAUGAAAUUGCUACGAAUAUAUAUAUAUAGAAUGCAUUGUUCUAAAAGGGGCUGUUUCUUUAAGUAUUAUCCUGUUCUGUAUGGGGAAUUUCACUUUGUCCCAGAUUGCAACAUUUUGUAAACAUAUGAGAUGAAUACUCAACUUUUCCUCAAUACUCUGUGUUGUUGUGGAUAUAAAACAACAAAACAAUAUUUUAA